AUAAUGGGUAAAGAAAAUGAAAUGUUCAUUGCUUUUAUUUUCAACGAUAUCGGCUUGUUUCCUAGAUUGGUUUUCUAUUAGAUGGAAAUAUAUUUUGUACGCCACAAUGAUAACGUUCAUAUUUCAUAGUAAAAUUGAGAAUCAUUAUAUAGAGCCACCUAGUUAUUGUAUUAUGGCAAAAAUUUGCAACCACACUGGUAUAAGUAUUUGUGGCUUGGAGAAGGAUAGUCAGGAUCACAGAUUAUUUCUAGAUGACUGUGAUAUGUUCGAAUACAAUUGUGACAACGGAAAAGUAUAUUUAAAGGUCGAUGACAAACUUUGUCCUCAAAAUGUUACCAAGGAUACAAUUGCAACAAUGACAUCUGAACAAACUUCAGAGACUACGAAAAAUACAAGUGUAACCCUCCCGUCAACAAUAACAACUGUCAGAAGUACUGCAAGUAAUGUUACGAAAGUCCCUAUCGCAUCUGAGUGUACAAGAUCCAAGAAAACGGAUUCUUCUACCACGGUGACUGAUUCUCCUACAACAGGGACAAAUACGAAAAAUAUCAAAACAGCAUCCCCUGAAAUCCACAGGUGUACAUGUAUGGACGCACAUGAUAAAACAACAGAAAUGUCUACUACUAAGAUACUGACAUAUUCUGAGACUACAGAAUCCACUUUACCUAUGACAAAGACAAUCCAAACACAAUCAAUAAACACUUCAAAUUCCACUGGAAAAUGGUGUACGUGUAACAUUCCCACUACAGAAUCGAUGUUAACUACUUCAACAGUAACGACUACUAUUGAAACUACUUCAGCUAAAAUCGAAAGAUGUACUUGUAUGGACAGAGAUAUAACUACAAUUAAAACAAAUCCUAGUACUGUUACAACGACGUAUUCUGAAUCUAUAGACUCUACAUUACCUAUAACAAAAACGACUCUAACACAGCCUAUAAAUACUUCAACUGCGACUGGAAAACGGUGUACUUGCAAUUUUUCUAGUACUUCUACAACGGACACAAUUUCAACAACUCCUAUCACAUCUCCAACAAUCACGACUACUAUUAAGCCAAAAAACAUUUUUGAAAAAAUAUGUACUUGUAUGGACACAACGACAGCACUUUUUACUACUACAACCGAAUUAACUACAUCCCCAGUUACUACAACUUCUACUGAAUCAUCUACUACAGUUGUCUCGUCAAGUAAACCUGGGUGUACUUGUACUCCACAUUUCAUAUCCUCAACUGAGACGACGACAUCGAGUCCAAUCGAUAGUGAUGAAUCGACAGAGACUACGGUUGACUAUAUCGAAGUAAUUCCUACACCUGACGGCGAUUCUUGCAAGAAAUAUCCGGCACAUUGUAAAAGACCACGAACUUGGGAGACUACAGUCAGAGGAGAAACAAGGGAUUUCUUUCAAAUUCUUCGUGAAAAAUUUGGAGAUAGGAUAAAAAUAUUAAAAGACACAACCCAUUGGCCUCGGAGGACGGUAAAAGCCGUGGAAAAUUAUAAUGACGGGUUUCAUUUUGGUAACCAUAACGAUUUAUCAUGAUUUUGGAAGCUGAAAGCAAAUAUUUAAUUAGAUAAAAUGAUUUCAAUA